UACCUGUGCUGGAAUAAAAGCUGCUGCGUGCGCGGCUUUCCUUCGCUUACACAGUAUGGCCGGCGACAUUAGCUAGCGCUCGCUCUAUGCUUUUCUCUGUAACAGGGGAACACACGGAAUACAAGGAACCGAACCGCAUCGCCUGCACGCCUGCCCACUCCGCACUUCUUUCCUUCCACCCCGCGUCCACCUUCCUUCCCCCUUCGAAAGGACCCGUCGCCUUCCUCGCAACCGCUCGCUGGUAUUUUUUUUUUAAAGCUUAGUAUAAGAGUACUACCCCGUCAAAGGUGAAACCUGCCUGGACGGGCUGCGACGCGGCCCCGAAAAACGCCAGUAGUAGUGACCAGCCGUAGCCAGUGUGUAGGUGAGGAGGAGAAGGAGGGCGGCGGCGGCAGCAGCAGCAGUUUGGUCGGGGGUGCCUGUCGUUAAUUUCUGUGGUUGUUGGUUUUGCGGAGUUGUCUCACCAUGAUGGAGGAGAACGGUGCACACUUCUUCGAAGGGACUGAGAAGCUCCUGGAGGUGUGGUUCGCCCAGCAACAGCCCUCGCAGCAGGAGCCACACCAGAGCAAGGGGUCCGGCGACCUCCGCACCAUUCCCAGGUUUGAAUGGGACAAACUUUUGGAGAAUGUGCAUUGUUUGAUCAUUAGUGUGACAAAAACUGACAAGCAGGAAGCUUAUGUACUCAGUGAGAGUAGCAUGUUUGUCUCCAAGAGACGUUUCAUUUUGAAGACAUGUGGUACCACCCUCUUACUGCAGGCACUGGUUCCCCUGUUAGAGCUUGCUAGAGAAUACUGUGGGUUUGACUCUAUUCAGAGCUUCUUCUAUUCACGUAAGAAUUUUAUGAAGCCUUCCCACCAAGAGUACCCACACAGGAAUUUCCAGGAAGAAGUAGAGUUCCUUAAUGAAAUAUUUCCAAAUGAGCCUGAUGGGAGCAGGGUUGCAGGAUGUAAAUAUAGUGGAGAUGGAGCAGCUUAUUGCAUGGGCCGUAUGAAUUCUGACUGCUGGUACUUGUACACCCUGGAUUUUCCAGAGAGUCGAGUAAUCAGUCAGCCAGAUCAAACACUGGAAAUUCUGAUGAGCGAGCUUGACCCAGUAGUUAUGGACCAGUUCUACAUGAAAGAUGGUGUUACUGCAAAUGAUGUCACUCGUGUGAGUGGAAUUCGUGACCUGAUACCAGGUUCUGUCAUUGAUGCUACAAUGUUCAAUCCUUGUGGGUAUUCAAUGAAUGGGAUGAAAUCAGAUGGAACUUAUUGGACUAUUCACAUCACUCCAGAACCAGAGUUUUCAUAUGUUAGUUUUGAAACAAACAUAAGUCAGACAUCCUAUGAUGACCUAAUUGGAAAGGUCAUAGAUAUUUUUAAACCAGGAAAAUUUGUGACAACCCUCUUUGUUAAUCAGAGCUCAAAAUGUCGCACAGUGUUUUCUUCAGCCCAGAAGAUUGAAGGUUUUAAGCGUCUAGAUCGUCAGAUUGCUCAGUUCAAUGACUACAACUUCGUUUUUACCAGUUUUGCCAAGAACAAGCAGCAGAGUUGAUUAAGAGAAAUGAAGAAAAAACGCAAAAAGAUACCCCAUAGAGGAGGUGGUGAUUGCUUUCUAGUUAAUGAUUCAAGGGGCCAUAUUUUUCAUUUCCACCUCGUAGUCACAGAAAGCCCUAGAUGUAAUCAUAGUAUAAUUUUCAAUUUUAUGCAUUAUUAUAUCAAAAAUUUAGAUAUAUUGCAUGAAUGCUCUCUUCUGUGUUUAGGUAUUCUAUUUCACUCUUGCUGUGAAAUUGAAAUUCAUGUAGAAAAAUUUUACUGUAUGAAACUUUACCACACUUGUAAAAACAAUUCAAGUAGGAUUACAUGCAGUAUAGUUUUUCUCCAAGUAUCACCAAAAAUUCCCCACAGACAAGGAUUUCGUCCUCAUUAGAAUAACCCUAAGCCUACUUAUCUGGAACAGCUAGUUGUUGCUUAUUUUUUAAUAAAUAUAUACUGUUACUUCAGACUUUUAAAAAAUUUCUUGAAGUUACGGUAUACAAACUCAAAUCUUUUUGAGUUAUUAACUCAAUGGCAGGCUCAAUUUUUUUUGGUUAGAAGUAUUGAGACUGAUAGAACAAGACUACUUACACAUAGACUACUUUACUAUUUUUGUUUGAGUUCUGUAAAAAUUUGUUACUACUUUAGGCCUGUAGACCUUUCCAGAGCCACCUAAGAUAAAAAAUGAACUUGAUUUAAUGCACUAACUGUUUACAUCUGGAAACUUACUAAUUGGUCACAAGUUAUUUUUAUUGUCUUUAAAUUUAGGCCAAAACCAUCACGGUUCUGUUCACUGUUCAUGUUUUGCUGAAAGGCAGUCCCCAGCAACUAAUGGAAGUUUGUUGAACAACUAUUUAGCUGUACUGACAUUGAAUUUGGCUGGCACACCCGAGCUUGUCCCAGGCACUUCACAAACUUCAAAUACAGUUGCAGCCUUUCGGAACCCAACUUGCUAGGAGAUUGGUGCUGCUUAAUGUAACUUAGUUAUGGAGACUGCACAAAACUGUUAGUGCCCACUUCUUAUUGUGAAUUUAUAUGCUGGCUCAAAUGUUACUUCAUAGUAAUCCAACACCAUAUGUCCUUUCACACUGUGAUUUCACGUAACAUCAUUGUGCAUGUGAUAGUUAACUGAAUUUUAACAAUAUUGUGGCCUCAUCUGUGUUUCUUCCUAAUUAACGUGUGGUUCCUUUUACAUGACACAGAAGGCAUUGAGUGCUUUUUGCUAUAGCAAGCAAAAUCUGGAGAAUGUAGACACAGUGAAGUACAAUGCUUUGUAAAACAUAAAUAAAAUGGUAUAGGCAUCAAAUAGUCACUUCAUGGGUAUGGAGUUAACAAAUGCAAGCUUCUGAGAACGUGUGUGUUCAGGUAUGCUUGCAGAUAUUUGGGGUUUCAGCUGUUGUGAGACCAAGGAAGUCUGUUACAAAUUUUGACUCUUGUCCUUGCUAUGUUUUUGAUUCUCUGAAUAUGACAAUAUUUUGUUCCUUCUGUAUUCAUAAAUAACGCACUUUUUUAGUGUUUCUAAACUACUAAAUCUGCUUGGUUGGAAAUCAAGCAGGUGGAACACCUUGACUUUUUAUUUUAAAAAUAGUUUUUCUACCAAAAUUACUAAUUUGCUUCUAAGUAGCACCUGAAAGUUUAGGGUGUUCUAGAUUUUGAGGACCAAUGUUUCAAAUAUUUUUUGUUCCUGAGAAGUGCCCUAUGUGAAUGGCACUGCUUGUUGGCUUGAGGUCUGCUAAACUGAAGAUCCCAUUCUAAGUGAUACUGAAAAUGCAGAUUCGGGUGAAAAAAAGCCAUUGAUAGAAAGCUGUUGAAUGAAUAAUAAUGAACACUAGGGUGAACAAAAGAGGAGGUGAUGUUUGGUGUUAAAACUUCUCUCUGUGGUGUUAGACAUGAAUCAUUAAAAUGUACAAAAAUAUAUCUGUACCAGAAAUCAUAAUGCUUCAAUAAAAGUUUGCUUUUUGCAAUG